AUGCCGGAACAAGAACAAGUAGUAGAGAAGGAGAUUGAGAAGCUGGACCAAGAGAUCACGUUGCGAUUGCAGACGAUAGAUUCGAACUUCAGCUAUUGCUUCAGGAAGAUCACACAGGAUAUCAUCCCUCAUGUGCGUCGCUACUCCGACGUGUGUGAUCGAAUCAUCGAUAACACCGCGGUACUGACGACCUUGUUCCAGGAAUCUGGGAAUUUGACACUGAAUCAUGACUCGAAUGAGGGAGACGACUCCAUUGCAGAGACAGCAACUGCAAAGAAGACAGAUCCGCCUGUGAAAACAACAGCCACUGCGCCUGACACAACAAUGCAAGAGUACCAUACGGCAAACAUAACAUCGACGGGACAGAUUUUACAAUUACCUGACUCCAGUGACGACGAGGACGAGGAUGCGGAUGCAGAGGAUACACACCAGAAUGGCGACGGCAUAACAACAACCGAACCUCAGGACUCGAUCAUGACAGACAACACUCACGACGACAGCACUACACAGAGACAAUCACGCAAACGCAAAGUGUCCUUAUUACUACAACAAGAAUAUGGGUCAAGUUCAAGUGCACUACCUUCCCCUGUAACAAAAUAUAAAAAACACAGCCAUUCCACCACAGACAGUUCCCCGCUGAAACCUCCACAAGCUGCUGAGGACCACCACGACGAUACAAACGAUCUAUUGAACGUCGAUAGUUCCCAAUCCUCUUAA